UACCUGUUUCAGUUCUGGUAUCCUGUGCAUCGGGUGAGGAAUAUUUUCGUCAAAAUGCAUUUGGAUCUUUUGUUGUUGAAUGAAAUCUUGACAUUUUGAUCAGUUCAGUAUAUAUAAUCUAUAGCAUUCGGUAUAUAUAUAAUCCAAUACUUUUGGUUGUUAAGCAAAAUAUUUGAAGAUGACUCUAGAAGAAUACACGUUGGAAGAGAAAGAAGCAAUUGAAGAGUUGAGGCGCAGACUGGAAGGUGAAAUGAGUCAAGAAAUGUUUGAAGAUGAUAAUAUGUUUAUUCGCUUUCUGAGAGCUCGAAACUUCAACAUGAAUCCGGCUGAGACGAUGCUGCGAAAUCAUAUUGCAUGGAAAAAAGCAAAUAAUAUCGACACAAUUUUGACUGAUUAUACCUUAAAAGAGGUUGUUGAAAAAUAUCUUACUCUCAAUAGGAUAGGUUUCGAUAAAGAAGGAUCACCAGUUCUUUAUUCGCAUUUUGGAAAUUUAGACACAAAAGGCAUGCUUAAAUCGAUAAAAAAAUCCGAUGCAAUGAAAAGCAUUGUAAGAAGGCUUGAAACUGACAUUUUAGCUAUGAAAGAAGAAAGUGCUAAGCGAGGUAAAACCGUGGAUAAGUGGAUCUAUAUAUUCAAUUUCGAAAACUUUUCAUUCUCAACAGCUACCCACAAACAAACUCUGGAUACCUUAAGCAGUUUAGUCACAAUGUAUGAAGCAAACUAUCCAGAGAGGUUAAAAGCAGGUUAUUUAAUAAAUGCGCAAUUUUACUUCACAUUAGCAUUUUCUGUGAUCAAACCUUUCUUAUCUGGUCCAACGAUCAAGAAAAUCAACAUAUUUGGAAGAGAUGGAUGGAAAGAAGCAUUGCUAAAAAGUAUUGAUGCUGAUGUUUUGCCUGCUUUUCUCGGUGGUACGCGCACUGAUCCUGAUGGAAAUCCAGCAUGUAAAACAUUUAUAAAUUAUGGUGGAUUGGUUCCAGAACGCUAUUACAUUCGCAGAUCAAGCAAACAAUUUUCUCAACUCCCUGGAAUCAAGAAAUAUACUGUAACAAGAAUGUCUAAAGUAGAACUCAUCAUGACCGUAACCGAACCUGGUUCAUACGUCGAAUGGGAAUUCGAAACUAAGAGUAAGGAUAUUGGCUUCUCACUGCUAUAUAAAGAAGACAAUAUGGACAAUUCCAAGGUCAAAGAACUUAUACCGAAGCAAAGGAUUGAUACAUACAUGUCCUCAGAAAUGGGCAUGUAUAAAUGUGAAAGGCCUGGAAUCUACAUCAUCGUGUUUGAUAACAGCUAUAGUUGGAUGUUUCAAAAGGAAGUAUACUGCAAAGCUGCUGUCGUAAGUCGGGAUCGUCAGACAGUUUCAAUUGUUGAAUGACUUUUUGAUUCAAUGAAAACAUCUAUGUCAUAUUCUUUUUUUAACCUAAUUUUCAUUCUCUAAAAGAAGAUUUUCAUCAUUAAUAAUGUACAUAACUGUUGGUGUGUUGUUCCAAAAUAAAGUAUUCUGGAUAUUUUAUUA